CUCCUGCAGACUGAAGGCGGCGGGAGAGAAUGAGGGCAGAGUUGAAAGAGGACACCCAGAGGUUCUGAGAAGACGUUUGACAGUAAGCGACUGACCGGAGGAAGUCAUGGCGUCGUGGCUAGGCCGGCUGUCGAUGGGCGACACCUGGUACAACAUGUACUCCCGCCUGCUGCGGACUAAGCCGGUGGGCUCAAUGGGGCAAGCCUCAGACGACCUCACCGAGCUGGCAGAGGGCUCAGCUGUUGGACUGGCGAAGGUCCUCACCACUGUGGACCUGGUGUCACUCGGAGUGGGAAGCUGCGUUGGAACGGGGAUGUACGUGGUCUCUGGACUUGUUGCCAAGGCGAUGGCUGGACCAGGGGUCAUCCUGUCCUUCAUUAUUGCAGCAGUGGCAUCCAUACUAUCAGGUGUGUGCUACGCUGAGUUUGGCGUCCGGGUCCCAAAGACGACGGGCUCGGCCUACACUUACAGCUACGUGACGGUCGGGGAGUUUGUGGCGUUCUUCAUUGGCUGGAAUCUGAUCCUGGAAUACCUGAUUGGCACAGCGGCCGGAGCGUCUGCCCUCAGCAACAUGUUCGACUCUCUAGCCAAUCACAGCAUCAGUAACUACAUGAUAACACACCUGGGCACGCUGCGAGGGCUUGGUAAAGGCGAGGACACGUACCCUGACCUUCUUGCUCUCUUCAUCGCCCUGCUGGUCACAGUGAUCAUCGCUCUGGGAGUCAGGAACUCUGUGGGCUUCAAUAACAUCUUGAAUGUAGUGAACAUGGUGGUUUGGGUUUUCAUGAUCAUCGCUGGACUCUUCUUCAUCACAGUCAGCAACUGGGAGGGCGGCAAGUUCCUGCCAUAUGGCUGGUCGGGGGUGAUGCAAGGUGCAGCAACUUGUUUCUACGCUUUUAUUGGCUUUGACAUCAUAGCGACGACAGGAGAGGAGGCAAAAAACCCCAACACCUCCAUCCCGUACGCCAUCACCGCCUCGCUGGUCGCCUGCCUCACUGCCUAUGUGUCGGUCAGUAUCAUCCUGACUCUCAUGGUUCCCUACAACCUGAUCGAUGGCUCCGCCCCCCUCAUGGAGAUGUUCGCCGUGCACGGCUUUAUAUGGGGGAAGUAUGUGGUGGCUGUCGGCUCCAUUGCCGGACUCACAGUGUCUCUUCUGGGUUCCUUGUUUCCGAUGCCAAGGGUGAUCUACGCCAUGGCGAGGGACGGCCUCCUGUUCAGGUGCCUGUCACACGUGUGGGCUCUCACACACACUCCUGGUAUUGCGUGUGUGGUAUCUGGAAGCCUGGCAGCCAUCCUUGCCCUCCUGGUGAGCCUCAGGGACCUGAUUGAAAUGAUGUCCAUCGGCACUCUGUUGGCCUACACUCUGGUGAGCGUAUGUGUGUUGCUGCUGCGCUACCAGCCUGACGAGCAAACCGACACCCACCAGUUUAGGACGGAGGACGAUGAAGGACCAGUCCCCACCAAAGAGGAUCUAAUUGAAGGUUCUGAUCACGAUGGGACGUCAACAUAUCAUGCUGGUGGCACAGAAGGAGAUGCAGACGACACUGAUUUCCACACUGGAAGAGCUUCACUACUGAAAAGGCUUCUCGGGGGUCACUACUACACCAUACGGGUCCGUUUGGGAAUGCCUGAUUCGUCAGUUCGGCCCACCCCAGCCACUGGACGCAUAGUAACCAGAUGCACCCUCCUCUUCUUCAUCACGUCUUUUUUUCUUUGGUCUACUGUCAUCUAUGGAGUUGAGCAGGGCUCAGGGGUGGGAGCAGUGUUUUCGGGUCUGAUGGCCACCCUGAUGGCAGGAUCCCUGGUGAAACUCAUGGUUCUGAUCCUACAGCAACCAGAAAGUACCAGAAGACUGCCGUACAUGGCGCCAUGCGUGCCCUUUGUGCCUGCUGCUGCCAUACUGGUCAACAGCUACCUGAUGCUGAAACUCUCUCCCCUUACCUGGGCCAGGUUCACCAUCUGGUGCAUCAUAGGUCUGUUGAUCUAUGGGUGUUAUGGAGUGUGGCACAGCACUUUGGAGCUGAACGCCCGGGAGCAGCAGGCCCACGCCAGCUCCUACCAGCGCUACGACGACCAUUUGGACGACACAUUCUCCCCCGACGAUAACUUUUACCCCCAGGAGCAGGAGGAGAAACCGUACCAGGGCUGGUCUGCCCCGGAGGAAAGGGGACACCAGUACCAGCAGCAGAACAAGAUGGAGGAAGAGGAUGGAGAUCCGCAGCAGAGCCACUGGGAGGAAGAUGAAGAGCGCCACGGGUACCAGUCCGGGGCCAGAGACCCGUAUCCAGGCAACAGCAAGAGGGCCAAAGGACGCACCAAUUUUGGGUUUGAUGAUGAAGAUGACUGACCUUUUAGAAACAUCAGAACAAACUUUUAUAAAGUUUUCUUAAAAAAUACAUUUCUAAACGUUUGCUGGUGAAUUUUUGUGAAUGUAUCUGAUAGAGACCUGAAGAAACUUCCACAUCCUGGUUCUUUUUCUUUCUCUGGUAAAUGUGUGUAAGCUCCUCAACCAGCAGCCAAUUUCAACAACUCGUGUAUAGAGGUGUCAUGUAAAUUGCAGGCUAAUCUUCUGGUUAAUGUGAUUGUUGUGGCUUACCUUUAUGGAUUUUUAACCAGGGCUGCACCGCGGUGGAGCGGUCACAGCGAGGAGCUCCUGUUCUUGUUUCAGCUGUGUUCUUUCGUGUCUGUGGGUUUCCUCCGGACACCUGGACUCUCGUCUAUAGGUGUGUCUGUGUUGGUGCGGCCCUACAGCAGACUGGAUCCUGUAGCCCACCAUCACCCAACAGCUGGGUUGGCUUCAACAACCCCAUGACCCCGAACCGGUUCUGUAGAUAAAUUGAUUUUUAACCAAUUAGCUUCAUUUCAGCUCCACUAGAGGAGAUGAAAAGAUGCUUCAAACUGUUUCAGAAGGGAUUCCCACACUCAGAGGUUCUUGUGGUCUUUAUUUUUUCCUCUAACCACUAAGUUCCUUUACAGAAACAGAGUGCGCCUCAUGCUUUAGGGGUUUUUGUUUAUCCAGUGAGGAUUUCAGCUGCAGACUGGCUGGACUUGUGUUUUUUAUGGUGUUUCUUCAGUGGUUUCUUGAUGCUGGCAGCUGAUUCUUUGACUGAAAGAUGUUGAAACGGCUUCUAAGAGGCUGAUCUUCACAGUUCCAUCUGUUCCCUCAUGUUUCUGUUGUUUUCUACCUCUUUUUGUGCAUUCAAACACUGUAGGUUGGGUUUGAGUUUUGACCUGUUCGUCUGUCUCGUCUACGGUUGAAACACGGACUUCUAACGAAUCAAAAAUAAAGUUAAUUCUGAAACUCAAAACUGUUUGAAGGAGCUUGCUGCUCUAAACAUUAAAUGAUUUAUUGAAUGGACUAGUUAUUCUAGAUGAGAGCAUCUCUUUUGCACUGAAUAAAGUGACUGAUUUAGCGUAUGCUUUGUGGUUGUGUGUGUAUGGAUGAACGUUAGUUUUUGUGGUGGAGUAACACACGAGAGAAAUUCAUCCUUUGGGUAAAACAUACUUUUUUAUGAAAACCUCAAGGCAAUAAAAGUUACAAAAUGUAUUCUGAUAUACCUGAAAAUAUCAAAACAUGUAAAAAUAACAAUUGGUUAAACAUAAAACAAAUUUUAUAAUUGUUAAAGGUUUACAACAUACUGGAAAAAAAUAUGAUAUAGAGGCUUUAUGCACAAAGCUGAUCAUCUUAAAGACCUACUCCAAUCAAAACUGUGUUUUAAACAAGAAAUUCUCUCAUGGGGGAGGACAUAUAUUAACCCUUCAACUACAAAAAAAAAGAAAAAA